ACAUCAGUAUCGAAAUGUUUUGCUGUUUCAUGAUGGGGUGUUGUAUGUAGUAUGUACACACGCAUAAUCCUAAUUUCUACUUGUCGGAUGACCUUAUUUAUAGCAAGCAUUACAAGGAAAUUCUGCAGAACAUUGUCCAACCCCGAUGUUGUUUCGAUUUCCGGCGGGCACAUCAGAAAAGCGCGCUAGAUCCUUGAAUUAUUCAGAUCAUGCAUCGCAUCACCUGGUUACGUGGUUCUGGGCUCUGGCAGCCGACAACGAACGGAUCUGGUGGCUGUCAUUACCGACGGGGAUAAAAAAGUAGCUAGCCAUUCGACAUAGUUUUCUUCUAAAUGGAGGUGCCCAACAAAAAGGCCGAACAAGCCGUAAACAAGCAAACAGCUGACAUGCUUGUCAACGUUUGGGUCAAAGCUCUAGGGCAGAAUGGACAAUAAUGUGAACUUUUUUGGACUGUUCCCAUGCCUGGAAAUCAUCCUUAGCUUAAAGUAAUAAGUUUUGGUCUUUAGAGUGCUUUAGAUCCGGUAAACUCUUGCUAAUUAUGUUGGUGUCAUUUGAUAACGACGGCGCGUUCUGAUUCAUUCUCAUCUCAGACCUCUCAGUCAAUCGAUAUUCAUCUCAUUUUUAAUUUUCAAGUGAUCAGUGAUGGCCCGUCAAAACAAACGCCAUUGCGAGCACCAGAACAUGCAGCUGCAAAAGCAUAAAAACGCCCAGAAUCUUCGACGUUACCGACCCCAAGAUCGUCAGGAACAAAAACAAAAACCCCACCGACAGUUGAAGCAUGAGCAGCACCAGUUUCAACGUCAGCUGAAACAUCAGGAACGCCAAAAUCGGAACGCUCCAUAUUGGCAACGAUUUUUUGAGCCACAUGUUCAUGCACAAAAACAGGUCCAGCCUAAGCUGAGCAAGUCUCAAAAGCGCAAACUCAAACAACAGUCGCAAGUCUUUGAGCCGGAGCUAAAUCAAUUCCGGUGCGUUCGGUACCGCAAAACUCCUCCCCCCAAGCAUCGUCCUCAACAGAAACCUCGUCAGUCCAAACAUGCGCACUAUCCACUACAUCCGAUCUAUCCUCCUUCCUACACAUUUCGUGAGCCUCACUACCCACACCGUCAGCACAGUCAUCAUAGCCACCGUCCCCAUCCGACCAAGCGUCCCUCGACGUCAGCCGCCCGCCCGCGGCGCGUGAUUGAAGUGCGAGCCCGGUCGACCGGUAGCCGCCCCCAAAACUCAUCGCGGUCGUACACCCAGGGUCGCGGUGGCGCCGGCUAUGCGCCCGUCUACAUGCCCGAGUAUCCGACCAAGCCGGUGUCGUCACCGGUACCGAACAGCGGCUCCAAGAUCCCCACACAUCCGGACGUCGUGUUCAAGCCGCUGCCGUUCUUUGAUGUGAUCGGCGAGCUGCUGAAACCCACCAGUCUCGCGCCGUCGUAUGCUCCUGGCAAGGGCUACAACGACGGUAUGUACGGCUUCCACCUGACACCGCAGCAGGCGGAUGACAUCGCCUCCAACCACGACGGGCGCAUCGGCACCAAGCUCGAGUACCCGGUCCAGAUCCAGAUGCGGCUGUGCCUACUGGAGACGUCGUGCCCCCAGGAGGACCACUUCCCUCCCAACAUCUCUGUGCGCGUCAACGGCAAGACCUGCCAGCUGCCGAACCCCAUCAUGAGCACGAAGCCCGGCGUGGAGCCUCGCCGGCCGCCCAAGCCAGUGAACAUCACCCCGCUGUGCCGAAUCUCGCCAGUACAGCCGAACACAGUGCAGAUCUCCUGGGGGGUCGAGCUGGGCCGCGCCUACUGUGUCAGUAUCUGCGUGGUGCGCAGGCUCAGCUCGCAGGAUUUAUUGAAUCGGCUGCGGACGCGCGGAGCGAAGAAUGCCGACUUCACGCGUGGACUGAUCAAAGAGAAGCUGUGCGAGGGAUACGAGGACGAGAUAGCGACGACGUCCCUCAAGUGUAGCCUGCAGUGUCCCCUGGGCAAGUGUCGCAUGCAGCUGCCCUGCAGGGCGACCACCUGUCAGCAUUUGCAGUGUUUCGACGCGUCGUUAUACAUUCAGAUGAACGAACGGAAGCCGACGUGGGUGUGUCCAGUUUGUGACAAACCGGCCCUCUACAGCUCUCUGGUCAUAGACGGCUACUUUGCGGAGGUGCUGAAGAAGACGAGCGGCUCGUGUAUGGAGGUGACGCUGCACCAGGACGGCUCGUGGCGAGAGGUCUCCAAGGAGGUCAAAGAGAAACCCAAGGAGGAGGAGCCGUCAGUCAAGGUCCACUCGCUGGAGGAUGACUCAGGAUCCGACGAGGUCAAGGUCACCGAGGAGAAGGAAGCCUCCCCGGAGAAGAAGAAGAAGGAGCCGGCCUGCGUGGACCUGACGCUCUCCGACUCUGAUGACGACGCUCCGCCGCCGCCCAAGAAGCGCCUGGCCGCCGCCGCCGCCGCCGCCGGCUCUUCUUCCACCGAAGUCUCUGGGAACAAGCACUCUGGCUCGUCCUCGGAGGCUAGUUCUACCGCCACUGGAGGAUCGGGCAGUCUGGCGGCGCUGCGAAGCAUGUCCAUGUCUCCCGGAGCGACCGUGUCCGGCGCGGCGCCCUACUACCAGUCGGUGCGCCAGCCGGCCAGCGCCGGACCACUGCAUUUCGAUCCCGUCGGGUGGCCGUACAUGCCGACCGUAUCUUCCAUGAGCGCCUGGCCGUCGAGCAGCAGCGCCCAGCCGGCGCCCCAGCCGCCUCCCCCGUCCUCCUCGCCAGACGUUAUAUCGCUGGACUGACGACUGGCGUUGGCCAGAGCGCUCUGGUUCUGACCCCCGCUGCCGCCCUGAGACGCCGGCGGGCGUAGCACACGGUGGAUCUUCCACACCGCGGUGGAUUGUCCACGGUGGACAGUACACGACGUGGUGGACAAGAUGUGUAUAGUGAGUGAGUGACAGUCUGGACAGUGACUGGUGAACUCGGACCAAACACUGUGUAGUUACCAACGGGCCAACCAGGAGGCCGGUGUCCGUGACUGUGUAUUAUAGCCGCCCGAAAUCUCCGCGAGAACCGCGGCGCGUGCUUUAUGUUUUUUGUUUGUGGCGAUGUGUGAAUGACUCAGGCACAUCCUGCUGGCUGUUGUCAGUCUACUCGCUGAUCUGAAAGUCGCGCACGGCAGUGGCUCGGUCCAAUCCGAUCUUUGCUGCGCUUUCUGACUAUCCUCGCAAGCCUUCCCGGUUCAUCCCGGCUCCUUCAUCGCUCCCAGUCUUGUUACGUGGCCGCCGUCUGUCGGCCGUUUUGUACAUUAUAUUUGUGUUUUAUCGGUGUGGUCUGGCGGCCCAGGAGGGGUCGCGCGGACGGUAAAGUUCAAAGUGGUGGCGCUGCCCCCGGGGCUCGCACCGACCUGAAGCCGGCGUUGUAAAUACACGGUAUUUUAUUGUAA